UCUAUUCUAUAAUUUUUAUGUUUCUAGGCUAUUUUAAUAUUAUGUUCAUGGCCGUGAUUAUUGUUUUUUUUUAUGACUCACUAGUUUAUAUCUCUACCUAUAACGCCCGUGGCUCUUAGUUUGUACUCCGACGUCUCCGACUAGAAUUGUGAUUGUUGUGAAUUCAUUCAUCAUUGUGAGUACUGAGUAAUAAUGAUUCAUGACAAGCAGGAAUAUUUUCAGAAAUUAGAGUAUUGAACCACCUGUUYAUUAUUUAUUAUUGUUUCGUACGAUUUUGUUAUAAUUUAUUGCCGUUAGACAAACAAAAAUGUUUUCUUCCGACGCCAAUUAUUCGAAACUCAAGACCAACUUAAGAUUGGCAUUAAAUCGCCUAAAGUUGUUGGAAAAAAAGAAAACUGAACUAGCUCAAAAAGCGCGUAAAGAAAUUGCAGAUAUGGUAGCAGCAGGGAAGAGUGAACGUGCCAAAAUAAGAGUCGAACACAUCAUACGAGAAGACUACUUUGUUGAAGCAUUGGAAAUUGUCGAGAUGUUUUGUGACGCUCUGUUAUCCAGAUUUGGUCUUUUACAACAAUCAAAAGUUUUAGAUUCUUCUCUUCAAGAAUCAGUUUCCAGUUUGUUAUGGGUGGCUCCUCAUAUUCAAGCUGAUGUCAGUGAAAUGAAAGUGAUAUCUGACCAAUUAACUCAAAAAUUUGGUAAAAAAUAUACUGAGGCAUGCAGAUCAGAAAACAUGGAUACUGUAUCUGAAAAACUCAAGCAUAAGUUGAGUCUAAGACCACCGCCGAAGAUACUAGUGGAAAAAUAUUUAAUUGAAAUUUCCAAAAAUUACAAUGUGCCCUAUGAACCUGACCUACAAGUCAUGCAAGAAUAUGAACAAUCUCAUAGUAUAGAUUCUAUACUUUUUGAUGGUAAAAAUUUAACUAAUGAAAAUGCCACACGACCUACAGGGUUUAUUGGUUUUCCAUCACAGCCCAUGGCACCUAUUCAAGCCCCGCCUAUUAGUUAUCCGAAUAUGCAAACUAUGAGUUCAAUGUUAGAUUCAGUUCCAUUGGAUUUUGAAAUACCGCCCUCAUUACCUACAGUACCCACACCUUCUAUACCACCACCACAACAGCAGCCAAUUCAAAAACCACCRGCAGCUAAUAUAGUUAAACCUGUUCCAAAAAAUCCUAUUUUUUCUAAUAAAAACAUGGGUUUUUCAAACUUACCUGACCUUCCAAGCGUACCAACAGAUAUACCUACUGGUGAUGUUAAAAAUAAAGAUGAUGAUGAAGAAACUGAUUUUGAUGAAUUAUUAAAUAGAUUUGAGGACUUAAAAAAGAACAAAAAAUAA